UGCUUAAUUUAAACCAGGUCUCGUAGUUGUUAAUUUUGAGAAAAAUCACCUCACUGGAAGCGUUCCAACACACUUAUGUGAGUUUCUUAAUAUGAAACUACUGGAUUUAUCCGAUAACAGUUUCUCCGGAGUUCUUCCUGAGUGCUUAGGAAGAAUGACUCAAUUACAGGUGAUGGACCUUGCAAAUAACACUAUAACGGGUGAUGUUCCGAAUUCAUUAGGUUUUCUAUCAUCUCUUGAGUCAUUGCACUUGAACAGCAACAAACUAAAGAGUAAUCUUCCGGUAGCUUUACAGAACUUGACAAGCUUAGUCACCUUAGAUUUAGGAAACAAUUUGUUGACGGGUAAUAUCCCUUCUUGGAUUGGAAAAAUACUAUUAAAACUUAAAAUCUUGAAUCUCCAAUCAAAUAAGUUCAUGGGUAAGAUUCCACUGGAACUCUGUCAAAACAACGCUCUUCAGCAUUUAAACUUGGCAAAUAAUGGCAUAAAUGGAACUGUUCCUCGUUGCUUUAGUAAUUUAACUGGUAUGAUGAAUAGUGGCGUCAACUUUAGAUACGAUAGUGGAUAUCAAGAAAAUAUUGAAGCUUACAUAAAGGGCAUUAAAUUGAAGUACACCAAGAUAGCUGGGUUUCUUAUAUCCUUGGACCUUUCAAGCAACAAAAUUAUUGGCAAAAUUCCUCAUGAUGUUUUGAAGAACCUUGUGGCAUUGAAGAAUUUGAAUCUUUCUAGAAACUUACUAAGUGGAGAGAUCCCCACAACCAUUGGAAAUCUAAAGCAAUUGGAAUCUUUGGAUUUGUCUAUGAAUGUGUUGUCUGGUCAAAUUCCUCAAAGUUUAGCUAGCUUAGACUUUCUAAGCUACUUGAACUUAUCCUUUAAUAACUUAAGUGGUCCAAUUCCUAUUGGAAAUCAUCUUCUAACUUUAGGAGAUCCAUUUAAGAUUUAUGAAGGGAACGUCGAGCUAUGUGGGCCCUCCCUAUCAAGGAGUUGCAAUGAAAAUAAAUCAUGGUAUGCUAAUCCUGAUGAGGAUGAAGGUGAAAAUGGUUCACAAGAUUUUCCGUGGUUUUAUGAUGGUUUAGUCCCAGGUUUUGUUGUGGGAAUCAUGGGAUUUAUUGGUAGUUUGUACUUUAUUAAGAGAUGGAGGGUAACUUACUUUAAGAUGACAGAGAAUGUUUACGCUUUUCUAAUGGUUUUCGUCGUAGUGGCUCUUGCUCGACUAAGGAGGAAAAUUUUCUAAAGAGGUACGAAUCGGGAGGGUCCUGGUCACUUCGAUCCAAGACAAUGCUUGAAGACGCUUAAGUUGUGCUGAGGGAAAGUAUCUUUUUAAUGUGUAUUAUUGUGUUUAUAUGAGUUUAGGAAAUGAAACUCUAUAUGAGUAUUGUGUCUACUAUAACUAUGUGGUUAUAAGCUAAACACUAUAUUAAUGUAAGGAAAAGGUCGUCAAAAUAUUGUUCAAAAUACUUUUCGAGGAAAAAAAGUAUCAUAAAAUCUGUAUAGGCAUAACCAAAGCGACGUGUAAACAGAACUAAAUAAA